AUGGUAUGAGAAUCAGUACUAGCAGCGGGUUUCCCUUACUUCAAUGAGUUUGAUCUAACAAACUUGAUCCCGACCAUCACGUCAGGCCACGUGAACACAGUGUCGCCCUCUAUGAUACAAACCUCAUGUUGCGUGCAAUCCGGCUUCAGUGGAGGACCAAUAUUCAGAAUCACCAGGCCGAAGAACCGCGUGGAGGUGUUGGGUAUCAUCGCCAUCAACGUCACGAGCGAGGGUGGUGCCUGCUUCCCCUACGUGAACAUGGCGGUACCCGCCCCAGUCUUUAGCCAUGCAAUCGCCAACUACAUCCUAAAUAAAGGUAUGGAGGUGUACUCAGACUUCUGUGGCCCUUGCCUGGCAACAGGCAACGCCAUCAGGAAGGGCAAGUUGGAAAUAGGGCAAGACCGCAUUGCUAUGGUCAAGUGUUGUGCAGAUAAUAUAGACGCGCUGGAAAGAUUCAAGGAUCACAGUGAACCAGUGUUCCUCUUCAUUGUGCGUGGAAAGCUUACACGUGCAAUGUAUGGACCCAAUGGUAUAGACCUCUGUCGCAUAAUAGAAGAAGAGCUGAUGGUUUUAGAAAAAGAAGCUCAAGGCAUCGUGUUGGAAAGGCCGACUUACGAGAUCAAUGAAAUGCUUCCUGAAGAAGCGGCAAAAAUAGAAGAAAAUCUUAAAUUGGAAGAGGAGUAUCGUGAAGCAGCUGAGAGGCUCCGAGUAUUAACGUUAGCCGCUCGUAAGAAGCGGGUCAACGAACGACUGGCCCAGAGCAUAAAACGGCUAAACUUCAUUAUGUUUUGGCCUCACUGCCAUCAAGCGCAUUAUGACUUGUACGAAAAAUGGGACAUGAUUAAUAUAACUGUGGCUGCCAAAGACACGUUCCAGUUGGACGAGAAAUCUGCGCGGGAGGCACUGUACAUGAGCGACGUGGACCCCAACGAAGCGUGUCUCCACGCCCUUCUGAACGGCAGAGUUCUGGUCGUGCUCUUCAAAAUGUUUGAAACUGAUUCCCGAGAUUUUGUUAAACUGAUGCGAUACGCUUUAUAUGAAGAGAUUCCUGUCCCCAAGGAGGACGUGCCUCCUGAGAAGCAAGUUCCACUAGUGCCAGCUUACGAGCGCUACGCUACCAUUAGUAAAUCGGCUAGAGAGAUCCGCCGAGACCGAUACAACGCUAAAUUGGAGAAACUGAGACAAGAAAAAGAGGACAUGGAACGUCUUUUAGCUGAACAGGAGCGUUUGGCACGCGAAGCCGAACAAGAGGCGAUUAGGUUAGAAAAACAACGGAGAGACGAAGAAAGAAUGGCGCGGCUGGCUGCAGGGUUACCAGCUGAUCCUGAGCCCGAGCCUACACCAGUAGCACCACCGGAAGGCGAAGCAGAAGAGCCUAUAGAGGGGCAGGAAACAGAAGAAGGUCAGGAAAAUGAGCAAGUAGAAGAGGGUGAAAAUGAAAAAGAGAAAGUGGACGCGACUGUAACGGAGACUGUAUCAGAAGUAGCCACUACUCUUACAGAUACGACUCCAGCAGACACAAACCCUGACGAAAUAGCUGCAGAGGAAAAAGUAGAAGAAGAAGAAGAAUUUAACUCGGACAUUGAAGUAGAGGGAGAGGAAUAUAUCCCUCCAGGAGGGUUAUUCGUACCUGGACUGUAUACCCCACCUAAUGAGUUAGCUAAGGCUAAUGGAUUGGCAUAUUUCUAUCCUAAGCAAGUGAUGGACUUGGCAACCGUGAUAGAGACGGAAUACUUGCCGCCCCACGUGCUUGUGAUAUUCACCAUAGACAAGCGACACGACGUGCAGGAAGUCACGAAACAGUACCCGUCCGAAAUCUUAAAUAUGGGCGUCUUUGUCGGCGAGGAUCCAUACAAUGCAGAGCACGUAGCUUACACCAUAAAGCAGUAUGAUAAGAUGGAUCGACCAAGGAGAUACCACGACCGACUGGCGCUGAUGGUGUCACGCAAGCGUAGCCUGCCACUGCUACAGCUGGCGGGGCUCAACCCAGUCUACAUCAGCGCAGAUGUCAUCAGUGGCGAGCGCGAGUGUCUCGCCAUGUUCCCAGUGGGAUACGGAGACGAUCACGUGGAAAUAGAGAGCGUCAAAGAAGAAGAAUUGGUGACUCCAGUUGCUGAAGCUAAAGCAGAGGAUAAAGAGGAAGACGAAGACGAAGACGGAGAGGGAACCCAAGACGAGUGA